CCCUCCUCUCUCGCCGCUCCACCAACUUGUCACCAAAGAUGGCGAUUUGCUGAGUGCUCAUGGAUACACACAUUUGUCGGUUAGCUGUUAUCCGAACCAAAACGACAACUUGAAAAACAACCAACUGCUAAGCGAAGCAACCAUUUCUUCAUUGGAAGGACGCCGGACAUCGCUACCAUGCAGAUCACGCUGAAAACGCUGCAGCAGCAGACUAUUCAGAUUGAGAUAGACCCCGAACAAACGGUGAAGGCCUUGAAGGAGAAGAUUGAGGCUGAGCGGGGAAAAGACAACUUCCCCGCUUCUAGGCAGAAGCUGAUUUAUGCUGGAAAAAUCUUGCAAGAUGACACGCCUAUUAAAGACUACAAAAUUGACGAGAAGAAUUUUGUGAUAGUGAUGGUGUCCAAGGCUAAACCUGCAGCUCCAGCCUCUCCGCCAGUCUCAGAAGCACCCAAGCCCCCCGUACAAGACUCUGGCUCCACUUCAACACCCGCCCCAGCUACAAACCCCGCUCCAGCCCCGGCCCCAGUCCCGGCCCCUGCAGCUGUCCCCAUUUCUUCAGAGGAGGCCAAACCGGAGCCAAAUACUGCAGCCACAGAACCACAGCAGCCAGCCAGCUCCAGCGGUGGGAGUCAGGGUCUGGACGCCUCCUCGACGCUCGUGACCGGAGCCGAGUACGAGGCCAUGCUGACAGAGAUCAUGUCUAUGGGCUACGAAAGGGAGCGAGUGGUAGCUGCACUACGGGCCAGUUUUAACAACCCUCACAGAGCCGUGGAGUACCUCCUCACUGGAAUCCCCAGCAGCCCGGUUCAAGAGAGUAACCCACCGGCCCAGGCCCCCACAUCCGGCCCCACAGAGCCCCCGUCUCUAGCAGAAGGAGAGAACCCCCUUGCAUUCCUGAGAACCCAGCCCCAGUUCCUGCACAUGAGACAGGCGAUCCAGCAGAACCCCGCUCUGCUCCCAGCCCUGCUCCAGCAGCUAGGUCGAGAGAACCCACAACUUUUACAGCAAAUCAGCCAACAUCAGGAGCUGUUCAUCCAGAUGCUGAACGAGCCGGUGGGAGAAGGGGGCGACGCGCCGGAGGUCGGUGAGAUGGGGGCGGCGGGCGAGGAAGGAGCGCCUGUCAACUACAUUCAGGUUACACCACAGGAGAAGGAAGCCAUAGAAAGGGUGAGUGAGGUUAAAGUAGGGGUGCACCGAUGGAUCGGCCAACCGGCCCCGAUUUCAUUAAUCUGAUUGGUCGAUCAGCCG